UUUAUUCGUUCAGAACAGAGUUCUGUCCAAUGCGAGAAGCAAACAAGAGUUCAUCGUCUGCUAUAAGGGUGCCUCAACUCAAAUCCGAACUAAGACUACCGAAGAAGUUGAUCCCACAUUUAUAUCAGCUUACAUUGCAAGCCCAUAUCCAUGGCACAAAUCAUUCGCAAUUCUUUUUCAAUGGUUCAGUUACAAUCCGAAUUGAAUGCAAAGAAAACACCAAUAUUUUGAUAAUACAUUCUAUUUUCAAUCUUUCAUUAUGGAAAGAUCAAAUAAUGAUUUUUGCAGAAAAUGAUAAUAAAAAAGAAAAUCUCUUGAAAAACAUGAUCUAUGUCAGAGAACGCGAAUGGCAAAAAAUUGAUCUUACUAGAGAUCUCAAGGCCGGACAAUUCUAUAUAGUUAUCUUUAAGCAUUUCUCUGCUAAAUUCUAUUCAAAUCUUUAUAAAGGGUGGUAUUUGAGUCACUAUAUUGAAGGAAAUAAGACAGAAUAUCUCGCGACAAGUCAACUACAGCCCACUGAUGCAAGGCGAGUUUUUCCAUGCUUUGAUGAACCAAGUUUUAAGGCUCAAUUUGAGUUAUUUUAA